CACUGUGACCCUGGCCUCCCCCCACCAGACUGGUACUACCACCUUCCUGUGAAGCGGUCCGAGAAGGCCGUGGACGCCCCGCCGGUGUCCCAGAUCCCAGGUCUCAGCAGUCUGCGGGAGGCCCCCAGCGGGCACACGCCGGGGGCACGGAGGUACUGGAUCAAGGAGACAGACUCGGAGUAUGUGAAGCUGGCCAAGCAGGGCGGCCGGCCCGAUCUGUUGAAGCACUUGGCCCCCAGGACCAGGAAAGGCUCCCCGGCUGCCUGCUCCUUGCCAGACUGGUACGUCCACCACAGCAAGCCCCCGACGGCCGAGCGGAGACCAAUCCCGGCUGUGUCCCUGCCUGACUACAUGGUGUACCAGGAGUUCAGCCCCGACCGGGCCGACGGCAGCUACGAGUGCAGAAGGGGGCCGUUCGACUUUGACGUGAAGACGGUUUGGCAGAGGGAGGCCGAGGAACUGGAAAAGGAGAAGAAAAAGGUGAGGCUGCCAGCCAUCAACUCCAAGCACCCCGGCAGAGUGGGGACCCCGCUGGGCCCCAAGGACCCUGCAGGAAGCAGACUCUCCCUGCCGCCCAUGCCUGGUCAAAAACCCAGUUCACCCACAGAGUUUGCCAAACUUAUUAGCAACGGAUACAAGGAUGAGUGGUUACAGCAGCGACCGGACGCAGACAAGAGGGCCCCGCAGACGUCCGGAGCAGCCGCGCCGGCGCCGUCCCCGGGGGACCCCCAGGGGCGCCAGGACGCCGCGCCGCGCCCAGGCCCGGAGGCCCCCCAAGAGCCUUCUCCUCCAAUUCUGUCUGCAUCAACUCCAGCAGAGCUCGAGUAAGCCUCGAUCCAGUAGGCGUUUAGGAUCGCUUCCUCACGUGACCUACGUGACAGCUGUUUCUGAGGCCCCUGCUACGUGUGAUUAACAUAGAUGCUUGUGAGCUAGUUCACCUGAGGGCAGGCUUGCCGCCACCGGCACAUAGGCGUGCAGGUGUCGGGGUCUGUUCCUUGCGUUUCUCUGGGACAUCGCGCAGGUGGCCCUGUUGAUGCUCCGCCUUGCUGGCUGGGGACGUCCCCGUGUCUGGAGACAGCCACUCCCCUCCGACUGUGCGGACCCCCGCUGGCACUAUCUCUAUGGAAAUGGAUUGCUUAGACUCCCUCCAAAAGCUUGAAGCCUUUCUCAUACUCCGUCUGUCAUCCUUAUAGAAAUAAUUUUUCUGUUACAAAAAAAAUUUAAUUCCACGAUAUUGUGAUACAGUUUAUAACUAAGAAAAAGAUACACUUACUAUGCCUUGAAGUUUUAAACAUUUACUAUAAAAACAUUGUAGCAUUUGCUACUUUUCACUCUUUGCUAGUAUUUUUGGCAUAAACUGAGAUCCAUAAUAUUAAACAUUCAUUAUUUUGUAUCCUUUAGGGAAAAACGUUUAAUUUUCAUAUUUCACUUAGCAAUCUUAAAAAUGUUUUCAUCAUCGGACUGAAUUCUCGCAUUUUAUGAAUUCUGUUACUGUUUGCACUCAGCGUGAAAGCGUAGUUUUGUGUUUUGUACGUUCAACGCGUUAAUAAAAGAACACUUUUCUGCUGGAGG